UGUGCUGCUGGAGAAACUUGUCAGAACGGAACAUGUGUCAGUCCUGGUUGCAAUAGUAAUGCACAGUGUUCCAACGCUACAUCAUUGUGCGAAAGCAUUUUAAAUGCAGUAUGUGUUAAUGAUAAUACUUAUUGUGAUCUUACUUUUACAUGCAAUUGUUGCGCACCUGCCCCUCAGACGAUGUUGUUGGCAGAGUAA